CAGUGGUUUCGGUAAUGCACCUCUGCAGUACUCUGGCAGAGCGACAGCAACACUGUUUCGGGGCCACUCGGGGCUGCUCGGCGAAGAACAUCUUAGCCCGGGCUGGAUAUUAUCAAUCAAACGUUUUUGUGUAUAGAAUGACCUGGUUUGUCACAUCUAUGUGGCCCAUCACCAACCGAGUAUGUAGUCAAUUUGUGUUUAUUUCACAGUGUCUAUUUUAAAGGAUUUUCCUCAUUUAGCUAGCUAACAAGCUAGCUAAAUAACCCCGACUCUUCAUAAAUGUAACAAGCCGAGUACCAUAGCUGCCAAGGACUGGGCAGACAAUUUCUUAAUCGGGUAGCCCAUUUUUAUUUUGUUCAUAGGCACGCUAUUUUUAAUACUACACUCCCAAAAGGAGUGUAAGUAAAUAUUGCUAUAUAUCGCUCAGGGAAAUCGUCAAAUCUGUCGGGGCUAGGAGGAGAUUCGAUUUUUUCCGGCCGGGGAUAAUAUGUCCAGGCGAAAACAGACCAACCCCUUCAAAGUUAAUUGUAGGUAUCUCAGGGCUGUUCCCCUCCGUGGGGCUGGAAAGCCCUGAGCUCGCUAUGGAGAUGGAAGGCAGGGACGACUACGCCGAAGACAGCGAGUGCCACAGCAACAAUUCCCAAGAGGCCGAAGAGCAGGACAGCGUGACAGAAGACAGUGACAGCUACCUGGACAACCCCGGUGAGGACUCGUCCUCCAGCACCUCAGCAGACGACAACAUGACGGGCACUAAGAGUGGCCAGUGCCCCCUGCAGGAGGGGGAGGUGAAGGAGGAGAGCGAGGAGUGGGGAGACCUGGCCAACGGCUACUUGUGUCCUCUGUGUACGCUGGAGUUCAGCAGCCCUGAGCAGCUCAUAGCACACGUGUACCAGCACACGGCGAUGGUGGGCGGCAGCAAGAGCUACGUGUGCCCCGUGUGCGGACGGGCGCUCAGCUCGCCGGGCUCCCUCGGGCGCCACCUCCUCAUCCACUCCGCGGACCGCCUGUCCAACUGCGCCGUGUGCGGGGCACGCUUCACCGACACCAGCAACUUCAACAGGGAGAAGCUGCAGGAGGUCCUCGGCACCGGCAGCCUGGAGAACAGCGGCAGCGAGGAUGCGUGCCCCAUGUCGCAGUCCCUCUGCGGCGCCUCCAUGCCCGAUUCCAGCCCGGGCCCUGCGCUCCCCUCGCUGCCCGACAGCCUGCUGUCCUCCGCGCCCUCCCUCCCGUCCCUCCCCGACUCCCUGAGCCCCUCCAGCGCCGGCCUGCCCCCGCUGCCCGACAUCCUCAGCCCCAUGCCCGUGUACCCGGCCGGGGUGCUGCUGGUGUGCAACAGCUGCGUGGCCUACCAGCAGCUGGUGGAGGCGCAGUCGCCGUCCAUGCGCAAGUGGGCGGCCCGGCGCAAGAACGAGCCGGUGGAGGCGCGCAUGCAGCGGCUGGAGCGCGAGCGCACCGCCAAGAAGACCAAGCGGGCGUGCGAGUCGGCCGAGGAGCGGGAGCUGCGGCGGCUGCGCGACCGCGAGGCCAAGCGGCUGCAGCGCAUGCAGGAGACGGAGGAGCAGCGCGCCCGCCGGCUGCAGCGCGACCGCGAGGCCAUGCGCCUCAAGCGCGCCAACGAGACGCCCGAGAAGCGGCAGGCGCGGCUGGUCCGCGAGCGCGAGGCCAAGCGGCUGAAGCGGCGGCUGGAGAAGAUCGACCCGUCGCUGCGCACGCAGAUCGAGCACGACCCCGCCGCCAUGGCCGCCCUCACCGCCGACAUGAGCCUCUUCCAGUUCCCCUGCCCCAUGCCCUGCCCCGCCCUGGACAGCAGCCUGUUCAUGAAGCUGCCGUAGCCGCCGACGCCGUCGCGCGCACAGCCCCUAAGGAAGGCCGCACGAGUCUUCAGACUGGACCAGCCGAGCCACGAUGCAACCCCCCUGCCCUGACGCUGGAGGCGCUCGUGUGCGACUAUUCCUGCCUGGUCCUCACUGCUCGACUACAGACACCUUGCCCAUCCAGACAAAACAUGACUCCUAUUAAUGACAACAAACAAUGUGAACUUGUAACAAAACAAAGACAGGGUAAAGACCUUAUGGAUUCUGUUAUAAAGAAGCAUGUUUUAAAGACAUUAUGCUGUUUGUUUGUAUUGGACUGAUGGACCUACAGACCUGACACUCCCCCGCAAUGGACAGCAACUCAUCCCCGUUGUGGGAGAAUCGGUUUGCACACGGACCUACAGGUGGUGCGAGAGGGAAACGCCCACUCUCUUCACCUCCCCCUGCUGUCCGAAUCUACCAGAUUAUUGGCUGUUCCUCCCGUACGCUGCCAACGUGAGUCACCUGCCAGCUCAUAUCCACUGAAUCUUCUACCUCGCAUUUGGGCCCUGGCACCGGGCCCUGGCAGUGCCCGUUCUGCCCCCUGGCCUCGUUUUUGACUCCCUCGCACCCAGACAGGCCCAUGGGACAUUGGCUGUUCGGGCACACACACAGACACACACACACACAAGUUCACUUUACAAUCAAGGCUGCGUCAACUCCCACCUCCUCUUCCCAAACUACCUAGCUCACCCAUCCCAGGAUGCCCUUACUUAAGGUAGAGACUACCCUCUCCUUUGCUAAUAUUCAGUGAAUCUCUAUGUGGCACUCUAAGAGAGGAUGAAUUUAGUGAUUUUGAAUGUUUCGUUUAUAACACCCACACACCACCUCAGCUCUUUCUGUACACUACAGAAAAAACAGCAAGACCUGCGUUUCUGGUUCUGGGAGGAGGGGGGGAGGAAAAAUGCAAUUCCUCUAAACCCCCGCUAGCCUCUCCUAACCUGACCAUUCUGUUAUCUUCUCCAUAAGCCUUGGAGCUCACUGCCUUUACCGGUCACAUUGACCCUUCUGAAUCCAGUUUGCACAUAGUGUACCCACUGCAUACAGCCUCCGGUUCUGCCGAGUCUUUCAUCUGGAUAGAGGAAGUCUAUCACUCUGGCAUUCAUCACAUUGCAGAGGAGGCCCGUUAAAAUGCAAUUUUCUUCUGCUGCUCUUAAUACUGGUUAUUACCUCGGUAAGCUCAGUCGGGGCCAACGUCUAAGAAUGCCGUUUUAGGUGAUGGCAUUGCCUUCAUCACAAGGUUAUCGUUAUAGUUCUCCCAUGCCACUUUAUCAGAGAAACUGUUCAGCCUGAGAUAAUCACUCCUGGUCGUCACGAUUGGGGGGUUAUUGGCUUUCAACUGCUGAGGACUUCUUUAGACGUCCUUUGAUUGGCUGUAAUUUUUUUUUUUGUUGUUUGUUUGUUUGUUACUAAAGGGUUAUUCUCAAUAUGGUAUGUUUGUAAAUGUAGCUCAGUUGAAAUGCAUCUUGACCAUUUAGCUUGAAUGAAGCUUAAAUGCAACAAAACACAACAAACGUUGAAAAAUACAUGGGAAAUGAGACUGAAACUGUCCCAGGUAAUUAGAAUUAUUAUUCUUUUUUAGUUAAUUUUACAUUUUUAUUUUUUAUAGCAAAGUUGAUACCUCGGGUAGGUUCUAACUGUUAUGCAACAGGAGUUUUAUUCAAACCCAUGGAAAAAUCUACUUUAACUAUGCAGAUAGUGAUUUAAGAAAUGGACACGAAUACAAUGAAUUGUGCAACUCAGGCAAUGCAGCAUGGAGGACCUUUGAGUACUUAACUCAGCACCCUGGUGCAAGAUGAGCUAUUAGGGUGACUCUUCUUCCUAUGCUACAACCAUAAUCAUAUCAAAGGUGUGGUUAUGGCAAACUCUGUCUCCCCACGGGCCCAGUUUUAAGUAUUUGUGUUGGGUAAGAUACGUGCACAACCUUCAUCACAUGCAACAGAAUUGCACAUCCACAUUUACCAAACCUGCAUUCCGCCUAAGUGAAAUGUGAUAAAACUGCAGGCUGAUGGAGUUUUCUGGGUAGUCUUAAAAGCAUAUGCAUUUCUAAUGCAAGACUGCAAACACUGAGGGGAAUAUGCAAAUACAUGCAUAUGAACUACCUCACAUGAUCUCACAUGGCUGCAAAUUCAUAAAAGAUUAUUAAUUGCAUAUUUUUAAUUGCCUGGGGAAAGCACUCUUAACUUUCAAGCACGAGAGCAUUGCCACGGCCGCUGUAUUUGUUGGGAAAUAUGGUUAGCAUUGAAGAGAACACAUUUGAAAAUUGUUUACUACGUGACCUUUUAAGAGAUCUCGGGGGGGGGGGGAAAGGUAAAAACCUAUGGGCUCCCAAGUUAUGCAAUACUGGACGAGAGAAAACAUCAGACGAUGCCACACAAAAUCACCAUUCCAACUACAUGGGACUGCCUCACCAUUCUACGGGGCCUUGCGUCUGGCUCAUACCUCACUGAAGUUUACAAUGGAGCUCACAUCUCAUGGGAAGUUUCCGUCGAGUUGUCCCUUGUCCUGAAAUUAAGAUGUGUUAUCAACACAUUCGCAAGAGUGUCUCUGUUAAUUGCAGUAAUAAUGUUAAAGCUCAGAUUUGCAGAUUUGUUCAUUUACAUGGUUUCCUUUAGUAAAUACUGUACCAAAUCAAAAAUUUGUGUGGACACAUUUCUAUAGCAUCGGUGAAAUUCCCUCCCAAGUCUCCUAGAACAUAUCUGCUCCAGUUCUAGGGCUUAUCCAGUGUUAGAAUACAAUUGAAGAGACAACAGGGCCUCUGGAUAAAGAACUACUGUAACACAUACUCCGUUAAAAAUGUCAGUUCUGAAAACUACCAGUACACCUUCAAAAUGUUUUUGCCUUUUUGUUUUGCUUAUUUAGAAUAUACAUAUAUAUAAAUUAUAUAUAUACACACACACCAACUACUGUACAUUUCAAGAUCUGUGAAAUCAUUGUGACAAGGCUAUUGAGUCAAUGUGUUAUACUUCUCAAACAAUUGUGUAAAUUUAACGAUUUUAUUUGAAAUGCCACAGCAUUUUAUGCAUUUGCAAAGAAAAAAACUCUGAAGACUUUUAGUGCUGGAGUGGCUGUCAGCGUAACCUGGAGUUACAGUCUGGUGUAGGUUGAUACUGCAUGUCGUAAACUGCAUUUGUUCUAGGAUUGUUACAUAUGAGCUAGUGUUCUGCUAUUAUAUUGCCUGCCUGUUUUUGUUAGAAUUCAAAAAAUGGGGGAUUUUACAAUAUUGCUUAAAUUCAGUCAUUUUGUUACUUUAUCUGGAUACUAUUUUACUAUUCAUGUUUACAAAAAAAAAGUGGCCAAUACAAAUGGAGAAAAUAUGAAGGGAGAACAUUAUUUAUGAUAGAUCCGUCGCGUCACGUGUUGUGAAUAGCCCCAAGCGGGGAACCACUCUGUUACUGGAUUAACAGAUGUAUAGAUUAUAACGAAGGCGAGAAUAGAAUGUGAGAAUAAACUAACAUUUUCUCUAA